AUGGCGCAGAAGUUCGCAGGAGUGUUAACAAAGUGGAUGCAAAAUGAGGGCGGAAGUGCGGGGCAACGGGGUCAGAUCAACAGCAACACCGCCUCUCAAAAAUUACAGGAUGAAUUGAAGAAGAUGUUUGAAGAAUUACGGACGCGUAUAGAGGAAAUGAACUUCCCAAAGGAGAUAAACAAUGCAUGCGCGAGUGCCGGGACUAAGUACGGGGACCAUGACAAAUUAAUAUGUAAAACUCUCCUACGAACAGUUUAUUGGAUGAAUGGAAUAGCUGAAAGUGGUAAACCGAAAGUCGGCGGUAGCGACCAGGGGGGAGAGCAAGGACUAAGGGAUUAUUUUAGGUGCAUAGUAGGUUACAGUGCUAUGGCCAAAUUGCUCAGUAAUAAACGUGAUGUGCAGAAAAUUGUGCAAGCUGUCCAGGAUGCUGCGACAGGAGGAAUAAAGGACGAAGGGAAUGAGAAUAUUAAUAAGAAGUGCGAAAGUGUUACAUUAGAAGAUAUGGAAUUCGGUUCACAAAUUUUGGGGGGUAGUUUAGAAGAAUGGGUGCGACAGGGAAAUAGGAACAGGCGGAUGAUGAGUCUGUACCUCAGUUGGACAUUAGGGGGAGGGGGGACAGGGACGGAGGGGGAAGAAAUAGACGAAAAUAAGGAUCAGAAGAAAGGAAUUCUGGAGUUGUUUAAGGACAAAAAAGCCGCUGCCUUAUACAAGAAAGUUGAUCCGGGAGUCCAACUUCCCGGGGGGAGUCCAACUUCACCAGAAGGGAAAUUUGGGCAAGUGCUGAAGGACGCGGACUCAUGCGAAACAGAAGACAGUGAUAACAUACAGAACUGUCUAAAGAAAAAACUGGAAUUAACAAUAGGUAAACCAUGUAAUAGCAGUGAAUUCUGUAAGCGCUUAGAAUGUGUAUUGAGGAAGAAAAGGGGAUUGGAUGGCAACUCUGCAAAUACGACAACGAAGGACGAUAAAGUGCAGGAAGAAGUCAAAGCGGAAGUUACCAGCGCAGCCACAAAUAUAUCUACCAGUGGGACCAGCGACACCGAUGUAGACCAGUACUGCAGUACCGUUCAAUGUACCAAUGGUAAUGCAGAUGGUUGUGUGAGCAAGGAAACAUGCAAAAUUAUUGUUAAAGCAUUGAAAGAGGUACAUAAAAUUGGGAAAGGGGGACAAGGUUCUGAUGGGGACAAAGAGAUUAAUCGAAUAUUUAAAUCUACCAUUCACUGUAUGGCGCUCAAUGCAUUUAUACAGAAAUUAAAGCAGCAGGCGGACCAAGGUGGUUAUGGUUGUGCUGUACAGAGAGGAAUAGAUAAGGCCUUUGAUGAAAAGAAUCUGAAGAAUAAACGUAAGGAAUGGUGUGGGAAGAGUAGUAAUGUGGAUGGUUCCUGUGAGGAAUGUGGAAAGGACCUUCAGGUGUGCACGGGUUCUAGCAUUGGGAAGGACUUUCUGUCUGAGACAGUAAAGCAGGAGUUAAACAAGGACACCAACACCAACAUACAACCAACAUUGGACAACAUACAUAGUCAAGCCACUUUAUGUGAUCGUCUACACUGUGCUAUAGACCACUGGAAGAUAGCAAAAGGAGCAGGACAAACACCAGGAAGCAACGACGAAGAAUUUUGGACAGGGAAUGAUAGCCCCGUGAAGACACUGUGGGAUGAAUUAGCAAGGAAAAUGAAAGAUAAUGGGGGUACCCGUACUACUGGAAAUGGAACUGAUUGUGACUCAUUUGAAACUGACGCUGAAAAGAAGGCAUGCAAUUAUUUGAAUACCGGCUUCAAACAACUAUACGAGCCGGAUCCGACGACGUCGUCGUCGUCCGGAACUGCUAACAGUGAAGUUUUAGGCAACCCAUCGUUCAGACAAACGAUGGGUUGUUUCUUACUUCAUUCUUAUGCAAAAUAUAUGCAAAAAAAUGCAACUUGUAAUAUUGAAGAAGGGAUAAAACAGGCAUUUGAUUCGUGGCAGGAUCUGAAGAAUAAAGCUCCAACUUCUUGCAAUGGUGCCAAUGGCAAGGGACCUUGUGUCCCUUGCCAAUGGAAUGAAGACAACUUUAAGAAUUGCUCUAUUAACACAAAUGGCGCAGCCGUCGCUGCCCCAAAUUACAAGGUUGAGGACAAAUUGAAGACCAUAUUCGAGGACGGCAACAACGACACCAACAUUAGUGCAAUGCUAACUAAAAUAAAUAAAAGGGAUAAAUUAUGUGACCAUAUGAAAUGUAUAGCAUCCCAUUUAAAUUCCACCAACGGACAGCAUAAAUCGGACAACUUCUGGAAGGAUGAUGUUAAGAAAUUGUGGGAAGAUUUGGCAAAAGCAAUGAUGCAGACAAAUGGCAAAGGCACUGUAACUGAGUGUAAUGGAUUCGAUAAUCCAUCUGCGGAAAGGGCAUGCAAUUAUUUGCAUGCCGCUUUCACCAAACUGAAGGAACUUUCACAGCCCACAGCGUCUCAAAACAAAAACGGUGAAAUCCUGUCUAAGGACCCAUCGUUGAAACAAGCGAUGGGUUGUUUCUUACUUCAUUCUUAUGCAACACACAUUAAAGGGAAGUCGACUUGUGUCAUUGAUGCUGGUAUAAGCAAAGCAUUUAAUUCGUGGCACGACCCAAGUAAGAAAGCAUCUUCCAUUUGCAAUGGCAGUGGCACGGAACCUUGUGUUCUGUGCCAAUGGAAUGAUAAGGACUAUGACACUUGCAAAAUUAAAACAAAUGGCGCAGGUGGCACGGCGCCAACGGAAGUGAAGACGAAAGUAGACGCUGUGCUAACUAACGACAACUCCAACAUUAGUACAAUGCUAACUGAAAUAAAUAAAAUGACCACUUUAUGUGAUGGUUUACAAUGUAUAGCAUCCCACUUAAAUUCGCCUAACGCAAAAACGAAGAUUCCAAGUGUGGACAAAUUUUGGGAUAAGACUGGCGAAGUUGCCGACUUAUGGAACACACUGUCCAAAGAAAUGACAGAUAAAGGCAAAAACGGAAGCGUAGCUGAAUGUAAUACCAUGGAUGAUGGCAGUGCCACUGGUGGCACUGCCAAUGGCAGACCUGCCACGAAACCUGAAAAAAAGGCAUGCAAUUAUUUGCAUGCCGGUUUUGAAAAACUGAAGCAACUUUCAAAGCCCUCAACGCCUCAAACCCAAAACGGUAAAAUUUUGGAUGAAAACCCACUGUUAAGACAAACAGUGGGUUGUUUCCUUCUUAAGGAAUAUGCAAAACAAAUGCAAAGUAAAUCAAAAUGUGUUAUCGAAGCAGGUUUAAAAAGCGCUUUUAAUUCAUGGAAUUCAAGUAAUAAUGGUAAUUGCAGUGGCACGGAACCUUGUGUUCCGUGCCAAUGGAAUGAUGCCAACAUUGACGAGUGCAAAAUUAACACAACAGGCGCAGAUGGGAGCACAACCCAAACGGAAGUAACGCAAAAGUUAACAUUAGUUCAGCCUAAAAUUGACGGCACCGCAACUACCACCAUGGAAGAAGUAAACAAAACCGAGUUCUUAUGUGAUAAACUCCAAUGUGCCGCAUCCAAUUGGUUCAAACAGCACGCAACAACGACGAAUGGUACUGAUAAGAAGACUUGGUGUAACUUUUGGGAUGAAGGCGUCAAACCCAAACUGGAGGAGAUGUUCACAGCAAUUGAGACGAAUGGAGGGAACCCUAAUAGUUCAUGCAGUGACUUUGGUGAUGGUAAUGUUGAUAGUGUUGAAAGAAAAGCAUGUAAUCAUAUCACGGCAGGAUUAAACUACAUUGAUAAUAUUCAAGGUAUUCACAACGGCCAGCCGAGUGCAAAAGAAAAUGACAAGUUUUUUAAACAAACUAUGAUGUGCGCAGCACUUAAUUUUUACGCUGAUCAAAUAAAAGAAAAGUCUCAAGAUAAAUGUCCUAUUGAUGAGAUAAAAAUAAGAGAAAUGUUUAAUGAAUGGAAUGGAAGUAAUAAUAAGUGCUUGACCUCUGGUGAUAAUACUAAAGAUUGUUUUGUUUGCCAGAGGCAAAGGGAAGACUUUAAUAAUUGCAAACUCCUCGUUGACAGCAAUUUGGUUAAUACAUCAUCAACAUCACCACAAAAUGGAACUUGCAAUAAUAACGCAACUGAAGUGAAGACUCAAAUUGACGGUCUUCUGAACGACUCUACCAUCAAAAUGAAAGAAACAUUAUCCAACAUAAAUGAAAUGAAAACUUUCUGUACUCAACUCCAAUGCGCAGCAAAGAAAUGGAAAUCGUCCAAAAAUCGCAAAAAUGGCAAAAAUGGCCAAAUUGGAACACUAUCUUGGAGUGACAUACACAGUGCCGCUGAAACUGAAUUAACGGCACUGUUGCAUCAUAUGACGCAGUCUAAAAAUCAGGAGGAAGUUGCUAUAUACUGCAAUGACGACGCUAAUUGGAGUAAACUUGGUCAUAAACAAAGCAAAACAAAUAAAGCAGCUUGUUUACAUUUUGCUGCAGGACUGCAGCACAUUUAUACCCACGGUAAUGGCUACCAGACGGGCCAGUUUAAGGGCCCAUCGUUUGAACAAACGAUGGGUUGUUUAUUUCUUAAAGAAUAUUCAAAACAAUUGCAAACAAUGGCAAAUGAUAAGAAAAGGGGAAAUAGUUGGGUACAUCCCCAUUGUAGCAUAGAGGACGGUAUAAAUCACGCUUUUGGUGAAAGUAAUGCCAUUAUGAAUGCAUCAUCUAAAUGCAAUAAUGGUCCUAAUUCUUGUUUUGUGUGCACAUUGGACGAUAAGAACGAUUAUAAAGAUUGCUCCAUUGGCAAUGACAAAGUACCGGACAAAGUUGAACCAAUGUUCACGGACGACCAAACGAAACAAAAACAAAUGCAAGAAACAUUAGAGAAUACAGUCUGUCCCAUCCUUCUUACGGAUAUCCUUACUCCUUUUCUUCCUUUGGCUCCUGUCUCUAUUGGUCUUUCUGCUAUGGCUUAUUACCUUUGGAAGUAUUUUGGUCCUCUUGGUAAAGGAGGAGCACGUUUCCGAAGAUCUCCUGCUGAAAUUCCUGGUCCAUCCGUACAGGAACAAGUCCUUGAUCAUGUGCAACAAGAUAGUUCACAUGAAUAUCGAUUGGUGAAGGAACGAAAACCUCGUUCUGCUCCAACAAGAACGAAACGUUCUGGUCGCGUGAAUCGUCGAACGAUUAUUGAAAUUCAUUUUGAAGUGUUGGAUGAAUGUCAAAAAGGCGACACACAAUUGAACCAGAAGGAUUUUCUGGAACUUUUGGUUCAAGAGUUCAUGGGAUCCGAAUUAAUGGAAGAAGAACAGGUUCCUAAGGAAGAAGUUCUUAUGGAAGGUGUUCCUAUGGAAAGUAUUCCUUUGGAGCAGGUUCCAAUGGAACGUGUUCCAAGUUUAGGUUCCGGGUUAAUGGUUUAG